AUGGACACAUCCCUCGCAUACGACCCCCAGCGCGGCGCAGAGCUCGCUGAAAACGUCAAGGACGUGCUGAAGGAAAUCGCUGCUGCCAGACCGGCCGGUUCGUCUCCCCGCCUCGUUGCCAUCUCGAAGAUCAAGCCGCCAUCGGACAUUCAGGCGCUAUAUGACGCAGGACAUCGGCACUUCGGCGAGAACUACAUCCAGGAGAUGGCGGAGAAGGCUCAGCUGCUCCCUCGCGACAUUUGCUGGCACUUCGUCGGGACGCUGCAAUCGAACAAAGCAAACUUGUUGGCGUCGAUUCCCAACGUUUUCGUUCUCGAGACUCUGGCGAGCCGUAAAUUGGCGGACAAGUUGCAAAACGCCUUGGCGAAGACGGACCCGUCUCGUGUUCUUAGUGUCUACCUGCAAGUGAACACGUCUGGGGAAGAUGCCAAGAGCGGCCUUGAGCCUCUCACAGCCGACUCUGGGCCCGACGCUGAGCUCGCGGACCUCGCUAUCCAUAUCCGUGACUCUUGCCCGCAGCUGAAAGUCAUCGGCCUUAUGACCAUCGGAUCUUGGGAAGCAUCGCAUGCCGAGGGCGAGAACCCCGACUUCCAGCGUUUGCGCGAGAGUCGCAAGCAUCUCGCCCGCAUCCUCGGCAUCGAUGAGGGGAACCUCGACCUCAGCAUGGGGAUGAGUGCCGACUUUGCCGAAGCCGUUCGUGAGGGCAGCAGCUCGGUACGCGUCGGCACUCGCAUCUUUGGCGCACGCCCAAAGAAGGAGUCGAAGUAG